GCCGCGCGUGUUGAUAAGGGGCAGAGCGGCCGGGAGCCCGCCGCAGUAGUGCUUUGAGAGCGUGCAAAGGUGCUGGCCGCGAGCGAGCGACUCCAUCCAAAGCUUCCACGCGUAAGCUUCACACCGACAGCUGCACGUCGAACAAGCGGGGGAAGCAGCCCUCCACGGCAACUUGCUGCCGGCCGCUGCCUUUUGCCCUACGAACGUUGAGCGCAGCCCGCACCCCGCGGAGGCGAGAGAGAGCGGGGUCGAUGCCCCAAGAUGAACGGCGGGGCAACAGCCACGGCUGCGCCGCCGGCCGCCCGCGCCGCUUGUGCGAGUUAUCCGUUGCACGGCGGCAGCGGAGGCUCCUUUGGGCUUAAGCUGCAGGCGGGCCAGGAGCAGUGGGGCGCCGCUAAGGGCUGCUCCAUCCCGGCGGGGCCGCAACCGUCUUCCUCCGCGGCGCGCUGCAAAGGCUCCAAACGGCGCUCUAGCUCGCCGGAGCUGCUGCGCUGCAAGAGGCGCUUGGCCUUCCCCGGCCUGGCGGGCCCGGCGGGCGGCGGCGCGGCGGCCGUGGCGCGGCGCAACGAGCGCGAGAGGAACCGCGUCAAGCUGGUCAACCUGGGCUUCCAGACCCUGCGCCAGCACGUGCCCAACGGCGCCGCCGCCAAGAAGAUGAGCAAAGUGGAGACGCUGCGCUCGGCCGUGGAAUACAUCCGAGCCCUGCAGCAGCUGCUCGACGAGCACGACGCCGUCAGCGCCGCCUUCCAGGACGGGCUCCUGCCGCCCGGCCGCAUGCCCAGCGCCGGCGCCGCCUGCGCGGGCGGCGGCGGCAGCGGCAGCUCCUACUCCUCUGCCUCGCCCUCCUUUGACGGCCGCGAGGGCAGCUCGGUGCCCGGCUCGCCGCACUCGGCGUACUCCUCGGACGAGAGUGGCUACGAGGGGGCGCUCAGCCCCGAGGAGCAGGAGCUGCUCGAUUUCACCAGCUGGUUCGGGAGCUACUGACGCCCCCUCCCCGUUCCUGACCAGCAACACUGAAAGCAAUGGUGUAUGGCCUCAGUACCUCAUUGUCUCAGGUGCCUGUUGAGAUGCAGCAGAAGAGUAACAAGGACUCUUAAUUUAACAUGCUUCCUACUUUCCUCGAGCCUCAUUGCAUUUUGGAUGCAUUUGGAUGGUCAGAUCACUCCUAUAUGACUGUUUCAGUGUUCUUCCAAGGAGCAAAAGACUGAUGGUUCAUGAUCAUUCUAUCUCUCUAUCUCUUUUUAAAAAGUGCAAUUAUGUAAAUAGUUAUUAGGGACCACUAUUUUUACCUGCUGUUGUACAGCAGUUUAUGGUACCCUCUGACUCUUGAAUUACCAAUGAAAAAGACUUGUUUCUGAUGACAUGAACUGGACUUCCACUCUUAAUACCGUUUGAUGGGAAGGGGAGAGACAAUUUAAACUUGAUGCUUCCUUUUUCUAAAUGGGAAGGGGACUUUUGUAAUAUCAGAAGCAGACUUUAUAUACGUAACUUGAACUGCCUAUGGGAACACUGUUAAUAUGAAGACUUAUUUUUGUAUAAAUGUCUUUAGAAAUUGCAAGAGGAAGGGAAACAUUUGUAUAAGUCCAUCCCACCUUUGGCUUCUUAACUCUGCCAUCUAGGAUGUUUGAGAACUUACACAACUUAGAUAACAAGUUUCCUGACGUUUUCUACUAAAGGAGUAUAAAACUGUUUAUCUCAAAUAUGGUGUCCAAAUGAUUGUUUGUUUGGGUCUGGUGUGAAGGUUCAUUUAUUUGGGAAAAAACACCCUGAAGUUUUAUUUUUAAUGUAUUGAAGGUAUUUUUGUAUGCACUUGCUAGGAUUUAUCAAGAUGUAUAUAUGCAGUUUUUAAGAGUAUCCUAUUUUAUGUAA